UCGUCUCUGUCAUCUCUUCUCGGCCUCCAACUGCGCUUGGAUGUUUCUUCACCCUGACAAACCGAAGUAGAAACAAACAAACAAACAAACAAAACAAUUUACGUCUUCACAAAUCUGCCAUUAAGUCUUAAAUCAUAAGGUAUGACUUCGUCCACUCCUCCCUCCUCUCGUAGUCCUUCCCCUCAGAAAGUCUGCCAUUCUCAGACUCAGACAGAUGUCCUGAAGCCGCUGCUGGGUGGAGGUGUUGCAGGAGGCGCUGCAGCAUUGAGGAGGCGACGGCGUGUCUUAUCUAAGGAUGGGCGAAGCAAUGUGCGCAUUGAGCAUGUCAGUGGUCGUGGAGCUCUCUACCUUCGUGACCUCUGGACGACCUUUCUGGACAUGCAGUGGCGCUACAAGCUUUUCCUAUUCUCGGCCACGUUUGCAGGGACCUGGUUUGCUUUUGGUGUGCUGUGGUAUCUUGUGGCACUGGUGCACGGAGACCUGCUGGAGUUUGACCCUCCAUCCAACCACACCCCCUGUGUGAUGCAGGUCCAGACACUGACAGGAGCAUUCCUCUUCUCUCUGGAAUCACAGACUACAAUUGGCUACGGUUUCCGGUGUAUCACAGAGGAAUGUCCAGUCGCCAUCAUUCUUCUCAUAGUGCAGCUAGUUAUUACAAUGGUGAUGGAGAUCUUCAUCACAGGGACUUUUCUUGCCAAGGUUGCUCGGCCAAAAAAGCGUGGUGAAACAGUGAAGUUCAGUCAGCACGCAGUUGUGGCCAAUCAUGAGGGCCAACCAUGUCUUAUGAUCCGUGUAGCCAACAUGAGAAAGAGCCUGCUGUUGGGAUGCCAGGUAACUGGGAAGCUGCUGCAGACAUCUCUGACAAAAGAGGGUGAGACAGUUCGGUUGGACCAGAGGAAUGUGGCUUUUCAGGUGGACACCGCUACUGACAGCCCUUUCCUCAUUCUCCCUCUCACCUUCUACCAUGUCAUUGAUAACAACAGCCCUCUCCGCCCUUUGGCUGCCAAGGGUGGAGGCUGGUCCGACCCAGAAAUGGCAGACUUUGAACUGCUGGUAAUAAUGAGUGCCACAGUGGAGCCCACAUCAGCCACUUGCCAGGUGCGAACCUCCUAUUUACCUGACGAAAUCCUGUGGGGCUACGAGUUCCCCCCUGUCGUCUCGCUCUCCCCAACAGGGAAAUACGUGGCUGACUUCGCCUUCUUCGACAAAGUGGCCAAGACCAAGACCCCUCCAUCCUUUAAGCAGACCUCUCCUUCUAACCCAGGCUCGGACAGUAGCCAAAAUGGAGGAGGAGGAAAGGAUCAGGAGAAGAUGAGGCUUGAGGAGAAUAACAGGGAGGAGAGGGGGCGUGAUAGAGGGAGGAUACGGAAUAGCAGCCCACUUAGCGUUCGCAUUAGUAAUGUUUAGUAAAAGAGAGACAGGGAAGGAAAAAGAGAGAGAAGGAAUCUGACUAACCAUAAGCUACUAGAAGCAGAAGAAUCUAAGAAGUUCACCAUAAAUCCUUUAUCAGAAGACACAUUUUUCACAUACACAUACACUGGGACUGUUAAGUGUGAACAUUGGCAUUACCAUCUUCUGGCUAAAAUUAGUCUCACCUGAACACUGGCCUCGUUUCAAGAAUGCUUGAUUUUCUUUAUUAUACUUUUAGUUUCAUGACUUGGACAACGACAAGAAUAUGCAAAGACUGGUUUAAGACGUCAUUAGAUAAUGAAGCACUGUACUGAAGGAUCAGGGGAACUGUAUCCUGGGACUUGUCUUUGAAUUCCAUAUUGAUGGACUGAACUAAAAGGAUGCUAUUAUGUUACAUGUGUAUAUAUUUGUACCUAACAGUGCCAGUUUGAAUACUCAAACCUUGAGUAUAGACCUAGUUUUUUAUUUUGAGAUUUUUUUAGUCCCUGCAGCAAACAUAUUGAUGCAGUAUGUUAACAAUACUAAAUGCACUUUAACUCUGUGAAAGGUUCUCUCUAGUUUCUGUUCCAAAAGCACUACUAACUGGUGUAAAUUGCAUGGUGCAUAGGUGUUUUGUUGUUACAAGCAUGUGUGGGUGUUUCUGUGAAGCUGGGCUUGUUGCAAGGUGUAAGGAAAUGAAGGCUGUAUUCAACAAAAUAUUUUUAGAAAUGUAUAAAAUGUAUAGAGCUUCAGAGAUUAUUAUUAUUAUUAUUAUUAUUAUUAUUAUUAUUAUUAUUAUUAUUAUUAUUAUUAUUGAAACAUGGAUGAGAUUUCUUUGGCACUAAAAACAAAUGAAAGUGGUAUGAUGUGAUCUAUCCUACUUGUGGGAAGAAAAUAUUUUUGUUCUAAUGUUUGUGAUAGAGUUCAGUUUUAAAAACUGGGCCAAUAUCACCUUAAUGUCUAAUGCCUUUAAAAGACCAUUUUUAAUAAAUAAUGUAUUCAGAAGCA